AUGCUCGUUGUUGGCGGGUGGAGUGGGCAGCAUUACCUGGAUGACCUUCGCAGCUACGAUGCCUCAGCAGGCACCUGGACCGACUUGUCAGCUUCAGGACAUUGGCCCACGGCUCGGGCUGGGCAUGCCGCUGCGUGGGACACGGUGUCAAUGAGCAUGCUUGUAAUGGGUGGCAUCACAAAUGUGAGCAACGACCUCAGCUACGAGUCGUCUCUCUACAACUACAGCCUCUUGACAAACUCCUGGAAGCAAGAAGGCUUGCAAACCGAGGUCUUAGGCCCAACCGGCCGUACCGGUCAUGGCAUUGUUUGGGACUACGCUUCUCGUGGCUUGCUGUCCUUCGGGGGCUUCAAUGCCUCGUACUUGCAGCAGACCUGGCGAUACGUGGUGAGUCAGACCAGUUCGCCCUUGUUGGUCAGCUGCCAGCUGGGCCGCAACUGCUCCUUCCGCUGGAAUGCCUCGGGUGUUGGCACCGUGAAACGCACCUGCUCCGACCCGGAUAAAGUGGCAGAACUCCCCACGCCGCUCUCUGAUGAAGCGGAGGAGAAUCUCUGGAUGUUCGGAGGACACGCAACCCCCCUCUCUGCGGAACCGGGGCAUCACCGCCUGUGCUGGUGUGACACCAACUGCAGUCAUCCCGACAACUUCAGUGCGACAGUGGGGUACUUUGUCGUGGAGGGGCCGCAGCUGCACCAGUCGGAUCAAUGCUACCUAGGCAGAGACUGUACGAUUUCAGGGUGGCGAGGAGUCAGGAUCUCGGUGAACGACAGCCUCGUGAUGCAGAGCCGAUGCAGUGGAGAGCCUCAGGCCUCCGCCUCCACCUACUACCAGCGCUCCGUCUCCGUCUCUUUCAACGAGUCGUACGGUUGGUACACCUUGCACGUCGGCUUCCUAGACCCAACGGAGGGCCUCAAACCGGAAGCUUUGGAGCUUUGCUGGUGCCCUGCCACGGCCCCUUGCACUUCGGCAGAGGAGUUUCUCGUGGUGGCCCUGAACUUGGACGUCAUCUGCCCACCCGGCGAGUACAGCGAAGGGCCCGGCUCCUCCUGUCUGCCCUGUCCGGCAAACCACUUCUGCCCCGGAGGAUCCGAAGUGCAGAGCUGUCCGUCGGCGAGCACUUCGGCAGAGGGCUCAAGCCAACUCUCCGACUGUUUGUGCCUUCGAGGGCGCUACUGGGACACAGAGAGCGCCAUCUGCCUGGCCUGCCCGGCUGGGUCUUCGACGUUGCAGGAGGGAGCCACCAGCCUUGCGUCCUGCAGAUGCAUGGCGGGCUUCUUCAACACGCAGCCCGACAACCCUGCAGUUUGCGAAGCCUGCGGCGUAGGCUUCUUCUGUACAGGGGGCCUUCAGACCCUGGCAGCUUCUUGGAAGACGGGCUUUGUUCCCCAUGCCCAGUUGGAUUUUUCAAGGGCAGCGUUGGAGACUUCCCGUGCUCGCUGUGUGGCGCGGGCACCCUCAGCAACGGCACUGGAAGCACAGAGCCUUGCAGAUGCCGAGAGGGCUAUGGUUUUGACGAGGAGAUCGCGCAGUGCAGACCAUGCCUUCCGGGCGAAUACAAAGCAGUUGUAG